AUGUUAUUAAAAGCAUGCGGAAAUUAUAAAGAAUUAUUUGAAAAGUAUGAGGGACCCUAUGACGGAUAUGGUGAAGAAAAAUUUAUCUUAGUGGAUACACCGGGGUUUACAAAUGAAAAAACUAGUACAAAUAAAACAUGGAUAGAAAUUAAUAAAGCUAUUGAUAAUUCAUAUGAACAUGGAAUUCGUGCUUUUCUCUUUGUACUUGGCAUGUAUAUUUCAAAUUCAUAUGUUUUUAAUAUAUUUCGUGCACAUAAUAAAGGACGGCGUUUUACAUCAGAUAGAAGGUCUCAUUUAGAUGAAUGCAUGAAAAAAUUAAAUAAUGAAAAUGUAAUCAUAGUAUUUACAAAAUGCACCAAAGAACAAACUGAAAUUCCUAAAAAUAUGAAAGAUUCUUUUGCGGAUUUUAUUAAUGAACAUAUUAAAAAAGUUAACAAUCGAUGGGUUGUUGCACCAAACCCUGAUAUUUAUGAUGAAUGUAAUGAUAUAGUUACUAAUAAUGUGAAUUAUUUAAAAACAAUGAUUUCCGAAAUUAAAAAGCCUUGGAAAAGAGAUAGAAAAUCAAAAUAUGGAAGCCUCGAUAAUACUUUAGAAAUAAUAAAAUUAUUUGGUGAUCAAUCUAUUAGCAAUAAAAUUGUGGCGUUUACUAAACUUGAAGGAAACCAAAUAAAAAGGUGUACUGGAAUUGAUAAAAAAUCGAUUGAAAAGCAUCUGAAAAUAACUAGCAAUACGACAGCACUAUUGAAGUCUAUUGGUUACAAUUGGAUUGUCUUUCCGAAUCCAGAAUUUAAAGAAGAGAUUAUUAGUGAAAGCAUGAACAAAAUAGAAAAAAUGAUAGAAAC